AUGUACAUCAAGGAAGAAUGUAGCGUCCUGGCUGCAUGGAGCGGAGUGAUGUCUAUGUGGCAUGGCAUGGCAUGGCAUGGCAUACUCAUCGACAUGACGGCGGUCAGUCGUGCCCAGCGCCUUUUUUUCUCGACAACCGCAUUGUUUGUGAAACAACUGCAGAGCUCUGCUCGCGUCACAAGCUCUUGCUGCAAGACUUCUCACAUGCUAAAUGCAGCGCUUCGACCUACAUUGUCGACACGGCUCUUGGAUCGAAUUGAAGCCGCCCGCCCUCCCACCAAAAGAAUGGCAGACUCGAGCCCUCAGCAGGACGUUCCAGUCACGGCCAGAAUGAGCGCUCCUCGCUGUUCCCUCCUUGACUUGCCUCAAGAACUUCUCGAACACAUCUGCGACUACGCCUACCAGCAUCCAGGCAAUUCGGCAGUAUUGUUCAAGAACCGAUGGGAAAGGCGCGAGCUCGAGCGCAGGUCGAUCGAUCCACAGUACGAGAUCGUGCCUUUUCCGCCAUCUAAAGUCCAUGACUUCCUCGUCUGCAAGCGUUUCUUCCUCACCUCUGCCAGAUCAUACUCGUCGCGUGGCAGAUUUGAGUAUGUCAGCCUGUGCAACUCCGAUACUUUGCGGCGUCCGCAAGGCUUCUUCUGUCAGUGGGUCACGUCAUUGAAAAUGCUUUUCGUCGACGUCUACGGCUUCAAACGCGAAGCUUUCCCAUCUCUACGAGACGUUCAGCUCGUGGUGCAAGCCCACUUCUUCUACGACCUGGAGCCGAACACGAUUUUCAAGCGAGAAUGCAGCUACCAGGAGCUGAAGAGCAGUCGAAUGUACAACAUUGUAACCAGAAAGUUCACGGGACUUCAGCGAUUCCAGAUCAUCCCCAACUACGACUGCCAAGUCACCGGACAUCACCAGCAGUUCAGAGCGAAUUUACAGCGCUUCGAUGGACUGCUGAAACACUCUGUCUUGGGAAAUAACGCAGCAGCAUUGCAAGGAAUGGAAACCUCGAAUUCUGGAGCCAUGCCUCUAUACUUUGGAUCUGCCGUAAAUAUCGAUAUUUCUGUGUCCAAGUUGACCACUACGCGCUAUGCCGAGAACCAGCAGAAGGCCAUUGGCGCUUCAAAUUUGUCGUUCUCGAAGCCCAAAACAUUAGCAGCUGCGAAGGCCAGGCACCAACAUUGGCGCGAAAGAAAUCGUAUGAUCGAUACAUGCCCUCCAGAUAUGGACCUCGAGGCUGCCGAGUCUGGGUUUGGGUCGGUUUCCAAGCAUGAAGCGAAGCGUCUCAAGUCUAUGAAGUUGGCGGAAGGCAUCGACCUUCCUGGCGAUGUGGGAGGCGUCGCUGAAAUGUCGUCAAACAACGACGGCUUGCCUAGCAACACCGUCGAGGCAACACAGCGUGGCUCAGAUACAAGGGCCCCUAACGAAUCUGGCAAAGAUAGAUUUGUCGAGCUCACUACUCCAAGCGACGAAACUGGAGUCCUUAUCGAUGACAGAAUUGCCUCUGAUCCAUCUUCAACAUCGCGCGGGCAGGGUCGGCAUCUAUCUGAAGAGUGCCAACUGUCUGAACCAGGGCUACAUUCGGAACGCCUUGGUGCAGCAGCUGGUCGUGCGACCAACUCUUUGACCGCUAGGAGCGGUGACCAGAUCCCACCGUACCGCCAAUUUCGAUGCGACCGACUUGAACUACACCGCUCGACCGCAACCGUGGCCGACCUCCUUGCGCAGGAAAAGGAAAGCUGGAGCGACGUACAUCAUCUACGCAACAUGUUCAGAGGGAAUAGCGACGAGCUGGUUGAAGAGGCUUCCAACUUUGAAAUCCUUGACGCUUCAGGGCCUUCAGCUCGGCACAUCGACGAAGGUGCGGCCAAUUUUCUUGAGCAGAGACCCGUUGAUCACAGCAUUGCACCAGCAGUGAAAGUCGCUGCUUCCAAUAUGGGUUAUUCUCGCGAGGAGCCACUGCCAAAAUCGGCGACUACACCCAAUUUGCGCUCGGGAAUGGAGGCUCAUCAUGCGAGGAAGAGUUCAAAAUGGAGAAAGCCGCUCACCUGGCUCAAGAAGAUCGGAAAGGAACAGGGGCAAUGA